AAACUAUUUAAAAAACUUGAGACAGAGGAUCAACAGUCACUCCGCUCCACACAGAUGCCAGCCCUUGUACCAAGAAAACACAAACUCCCAGACACAUUUGAAACAGCAACUAAAUACAAAAUAGAAAAAGCAUCUAGUUCCAAAUCGCAAAGCAAAAAUAAAGAAAACUUGAGCCCGCUGAAAAGUCAGUUAACUAGAGGAACAAACAAGGAUGCAAGCAAGCAACCUUUAGCUCAAAAAAUGCUAAAAACAACUAACACAAAAUGGUCAGAAGAAAUGAAGUGCAGAAUGCCAAAGAAGUUUCAUCAAAAAAAAAUCCAAGAAAUUUCUGAAGAUGUAGAUAUCAAUGAUAAUUGUUUUGAUGAAAAUCUCUCAGGUGACGAAAUAUCAGUUGAUGAACAACCAUUAGAACAACAAAUAAGUAAUGAACCAGAAAUCUUCAAGGAAUCAAAAAUGAAAUCAAAAGAGAAAUCACCCACUGCUUUGGCAAAACUACAAGAUGCAGUUAAAGGUGUAAGUAAUACUCCCAAAGAAAUAGGGGAGGGCAGCAUAAUAGAAGUUGAAGAUGACAAAUCUGAAGAUCACAGAGAACUCACAGCAACUUAG